AUGGCUCUAGCCCGCAGCACGGCGAUGGGCGUCGUCACCUCCCUCGGCCUCGGCGGCGUCCACUCCUCCAUCGCCGCCGCCGAGCAUGAGCUCAGCCUUCUCCGCGGCCACCUCCGCAGCGGAGGAGCCUCCUGCCGCGGCGCGGACGACGACGACCAAGACCCCAUUGAUAGCUGGGCCAAUCAGGUCCGUGACGUGGCCUUCCAGCUCGACGACAUCACCGACGAGUGCUGCUUCCUCUCCGGCUCCGGCUCCGGCCAUGGCUUCGCGCGGUACUGCGCCAACGUCCCGACCUGGAUCGCCCUCUCGAGGAGGCUACGCAAGGUGCGGGAGAAGCUUGGCCAGCUGUUGGAAGCGGCGAAUUACCAGCGGCAACGCGUCGACGUGAUGAAUAAUUUUGUUAGCUGCGGCGAGCUUCGCCGCGAAGAUGAUGCCGUCGCCGCUGGCCGGAGGAUGGCGGAGAACGCGCGCUCCAUGGACAAGGAGGAGAUCAUCGGCUUCUCCGAUCACCGGGAAGUGCUUGUGAGAUGGCUGCUGGCUGAGGACGCGGCGGAGCCACGCCGGCGGACGCUGCUCGCCGUGUGCGGGAUGGGCGGCGUCGGCAAGACGACCCUCGUCGCCAGCGUCUACAAGGAGGUGACGGCGCCGGCGGCGGCGCCGGCGAGUCACCACUUCGACUGCGACGCGUGGGUCACCGUCUCGCAGCGCUUCACGAUGGAGGACCUCCUGAUGAAGAUCCUCAGGAAGUUGAACUUGAACACCGUCGGUCGUCGUGCUGGUACUGGUAGGCGGCGGCGGCGAAGCGCCACCGACGUCGGUGACGGCGGCGGCGACACAGACUACGGGUCGCUCGUGGCGGCGCUGCGGGAGCGUCUCGCCAACAAGAGGUACCUGAUCGUGCUCGACGACGUGUGGGACGAGACGCUGUGGGACGGCCUGGAGCGCGCCAUGCCCGACGGCGACGGCGUCGCUGGGAGCCGGGUGGUGAUCACCACGCGCAAGAGCGGAGUCGCCAUGGCCGCGGCGCCGGAGAGGACAAUGGCGCUGGAGCCGCUGCCGACGCACCAAGGGUGGGCACUCCUUUGCAGCGUCGUGUUCAAGGAUGUUCCCGGCCACAGGUGCCCGAGCCACCUCAGGGAGGUCGCCGGAGACAUGCUGGAGCGGUGCCGCGGCUUGCCGCUGGCCAUCGUCGCCGUCGGCAAGCUCCUCAGACACAAGGAUAGGACAGAGUUCGCCUGGAGGAACGUCCGUGACAGCCUAGCCUGGGUCAAGAACAGCGAAGAUCUUGGCAUUGGAGAGGCCUCCAGAAUACUGAACCUGAGCAUCGACGAUCUGCCAUACAAACUGAAGAAAUGCUUCCUGAGUUGCAGCAUAUAUCCUGAGGACUUCUUGAUCAAGAGGAAGAUCCUGAUCAGGAGCUGGGUUGCGCAGGGCUUCAUCGACGAGGCAAAGGAAGUACAUGGCGAGAGGAGGACGAUGGAGGAUGUCGCAGAUCAUUACCUGGAUAAAUUGGUACAACGUAGUCUCUUUCAGGUUGCUGUCAGGAAUGAGUUUGGCCGUGCCAAGCGGUUCCUCAUCCAUGACCUCAUCAAGGAUUUGAUCAAUCACAGGUCCAAACAUGAAGAGGGGUUUGUUCAGUUCGCGGAGUGCGAUCUAACAAUGGAUUCUAACAUUAGGGUUCGCCAUCUCGCACUCGACAGAUGCACCAGCAGCAGGCGAUCUGCAUCUGCUGCGAAGAUCGCCGCGCUUCGCUCCUUCCAAGCAUUUGGUUCAAAACUUGAUGCCUCGCUGAUGUCUUGCUUCAGGCUAUUGACUGUGCUGAAUCUAUGGUUCAUCGAGAUCAAUAAGCUGCCCAGCACAGUGACCAAUCUUCGCAAUUUGCGAUACCUUGGGAUACGAUCUACGUUCAUCGAAGAGCUUCCAAAGGAUCUAGGCAAAUUACAGAAGCUGCAAACUCUGGAUACCAAGUGGUCCAUGGUCCAAAAGUUACCAAGCAGCUUGUCGAAACUGAAGAGCUUGCGCCACUUGAUACUGCUUAAGCGCCAUGCCGCUGACUACUAUAGGCCCUAUCCUGGCACGCCAGUAGGACAACUUCCUGCAGGGUUACAAAACCUGACCAGCCUUCAGACACUAAAUUAUGUCAGAGCUGAUGAGAUGAUCUCCAAAUCUUUAGCCAAGCUGGAGCAGAUGAAGAGCCUGGAGUUGUUCGAUGUGGAUGCAAGCUUUGCCGCUGUUCUGUCAUCGUCUAUAUUGAAAAUGAGCCACCUGCAACGCUUGGGGCUCACUAACAGUAACACGGAGAGUGUAAUAGAUUUGGAGUCCAUCACUGUAGCGCCCAGGAAGCUACAGAAGCUUGCUUUGUCUGGAAGGUUAGCAAGAGGGAAACUGCCAGGAUGGACCUGCUUCCUUACAAGCCUCAAGCAGGUUCAUUUGAUCGCGAGCGGAAUUGCGCAAGAUUCACUCUUGCUUCUUUCGUCGCUGCCAGGGCUUCUGCAUCUUAGCCUCAAUGCCGCCUACCGUGAGAAGGAGAUGACCUUUGCCGCAGGUGGCUUUCCUGCACUCCAGACACUCACCUUGCAUGAGUUGAGUAACCUUAGUCAGAUAGAGUUUCAGAGAGGAUGCCUUGCUGAGCUACAUGAACUGGUGCUUGACAAGUGCACCAAGCUAGCUGAUUCACCAAAAGGCAUGGAGAACCUCACACGUCUCCAGAAUCUGAAACUUGUUGGAAUGGCACCAGAGCUGAUGGAGAAGCUGCAGGAUGGAAAAGGAGAUGAUGGGUGUUAUUACAAGCCUGGCACUGGCAGCUCAAUGAUCUGUCAAGUGCCUAGCCCUUCAAGAUACCAUAUGAAAUCAAUAGUUUUCCUAAAACCACCAGCAGUGCUCGUCUAG